AUGGGUGUGCUUGGUUUCUUGAAAGUCCUCAUCGCCAGUCCACUAUCUUACUUCAGGAUUGGCGGCGGUCGAGGUCGGACGACUGGUCGAGACAGAUAUGAACAGGUCAGCUGGAUCAUCAUCCUCAUCGGUGUUGGCACAUUCCUAGCGGCAGUAUACAAAGGAGUCCGUGUGUGGAGUCGCCGAACGCUUGAGAAAGCUGGCGAGCGUGUCAUGGAUGUCCAAGGUGACAAUGACGACGAUGACGAAUAG